AAUUAUGUGACCGCAUACCUGUUUUUUUACUUCAAUGGAAUAAUUUUGUUAUUCUUAUACUCUCCGAUAUCAUAACAACUCGUACUUAUGAAAUGAAAUAAUAAUUUUAUUUUCAAUACUCUUUCGUUUAAUUUCACCAAACAGCGUCUCGUCUUAUUUUGUCGAUGAUAAAAUUAAAUAUGGAAUGUCAAAACAUUAAUCAGUACAAAGAAAAAAAAUGGGAAGUCAUUUGACAAAGUUCAAAUUCUGAAAUUUGUUGUUAAAAUAUGUCAUACUCGAAGAAUGCCCGUAAACUACCGGAUAUCAGUAAAUCAUCGUUACACACAGACACACGUGAGGCGGAAGGAGUGACUGCUUGCAAUGCAUCUGAGAGUUGCACCUAUGCUGUGACCGUGUCAAAAAAAUCAAGCGGCACAGCGGAGGAAUCCCCACUCUGCUCUGGCCAAAAAUCUUUCAUCAGUAUCCACUCAACCGACCAACUAUGUCAAGUGGCCGACAUCGAAAACCCCGCCGACCUCGACGAGUGCAACGUCGAAGUCAUCAGCCUCAACGAAGUAUUCCCAUCCACAUCAGAAGAGAGCCUGUCCGAUGACGAAGAACCUCAAAGAAAAGAAAGAAACCGUACUAAGAAACCUAUCCGCAAACAUGAAAAAACAGCCUACGUACCGACAAAUAGCAAGUCUUCGACUGGCUCUCGGCAGAAAGAACCGAUGGAGGGUCAGACGUCGGUGUAUUCGGACUUCGAUAUACCAAAGAACACGAUGUAUGUGGUUGGGAGCGACCCGGGAGAAGCGAAGAAGUCGUAUCAGGAUCCGCCGAAGAAAAUUUCGAAGACGAUGAAGAAGCUGCUCCGAAACAUUGACAAGCACAAGACUGAGCAAAACAGCAAAAGCGAGAAACAAGCACUCAGCAAGCUGACAAUGAGGAGCAUUCUGAAGGACGGGCGCUGCGGGCCGGAGUGCACCGGAGACUCCGUUCAGCCCUCCGACGACUAUUCACCUGACGACCACAACAUUCCACCAUUUAUGGAAUUCGAGCCAGCAACGAACUACGCCAGCUACGUCAAACAGAACCCAGAUAAGAACGUCACCUUCAAUACGCAAGUGGUCAUCAUUCACUUCACAGGCGACCUCUGUGUGGGGCAAAGCGUAGAAACGCUAAGCAAAGAGAAGGACCAACAAGCCCGUAAUUCUGAACUUAGAAAAACCUUUCUCAACAAGUAUAAUGAACACUGGCCCACUCAGAAGUAACCUGAUUCUAGACAAUUACAUUACCUAAUUAAUCUUUGCGCCUUUGGACUGCAAUUGGGAGCAGCGAUAAAAAAUAUAUGCGCCAUUUUCGCGAAAAGGGACUUUAGUUUACUAGGCGCUUACGUCAUUAUUAGUGACGCCCCAAAAUUCGUCAUAAGCUCUAUUGCAUUAAGGUCCAUUUUCCUGAAUGACACAUGCUCAAUUGUUUGUCUAUGGUAUAUCAAUGUUAUUUAUCUAUCCAUCGCACUCUAACUUCGUUUGUCUGAAUGCAAUAGCUGGCAUAUCGUACAAACGUUGCGCGUUGCAGCCUAAAAUUGUCACGAAUAGCGAAAAAUCCGUGGCAAUUAUGAAAAGUGAAAAAUACCUUCAAUUGGAUUGUUAAUCUUGUGGUAGGCGCUUAGCUAUUAUUUACUACUUAUAUUAAGUUGUCCUAAAUGUUUUAUUAAUUUAUUAUACUUAUCUGCAAGUUUUGUAAUGUUACUGAAUUUAAUACAUGUUCCCUUGUUUAUUUAAAGUCCGUGCGGUUAGCUAAGCAUUUCUGUAUCAUGUAGAUUUAGUAAAGCAAAUUGAAAUAGAGAUUUACAAAAUC